GCACAUUAUUUGUUGCUGUAAAUAAGCUAAAGAUGAGGCAGUCAACAACGAGGCUAGCGCUGCUGCUUUUGGUGGCUUUGGUUGGGACUCAAGCUGAGCCCGCUGGCUAUCACUACGAUCGUCCCACGCGUCUUGCGGUGCAUUCAGCUGCAGCUUCGCCUGGAGCGCUGACCAACAUUUACACAGGACAUCAAUUUGCGCCGCUGCCCACGGUGCAGCCGCUGCCGCCAGUGCCGGCGUUGCCGCCAUUGCCCACAGCCAGAUCUGGUCUAGCUUCGGGACCAGGCCCAUUACUCAGUCGCUAUCAGCCCGUGAAGCAAACUGCUCCGCCGGCUACACGCAUUGUGAGCAGCUAUGUGGCGCCCAGCCAAAGAACUGUUAGCUAUCACGGCAUUGCCGCCGGCACGCCGCAUAAUGUGUACGGCAAUCCUCCAGAGCAUCAGGUUCACUAUCAGCCGCCCAGUGCUCCGGCUCAGACUCAACCCUUACGCUUGUCCUUUGGCAAGCAAUCGUUGUUCUCCCCCGGCGAGUCGUAUGUCGCCAAUGGACGCCAACUGAAGCAAUACGCCGUCAUCGAGCUGAUCGACAAUGACAUCGACAACAUGCCUCAGCCCUUCCUCAGCUCCAGCUCAUUCAAUCGCUUCCGUUCGCAGCCCACCACGACGGGCUUGCAGGUGGACUCACGUGCCACAGCCUUGGUGCGUGAACAGCAGCAGCUUAGCAUACAGCCACGCUUCCAAUCCAAUGCAGCGUCAACAGAUGCCAUUGCCUUGGGAUCGGGCGGCUUGGGCUAUAUUCGCUUGCCCAACGGCAAUGUUUACUUGGGUUCCGGUUCCUUGGGCUACAUCAGCGGUCAGCAGGUGAAGCAGGCUCAUUUGGAUGCGCGCACACGUUCCGAGUUCACUUCAGAUGCGCUGCACUUUGGCCAUGGUCCACUGGGUGGUGCUAGUAACUUCAUAGGGUUUUAAGUUGUCGCAGCAACAUUGUACAUAAUUACUGUAUAUACACAUAUUUAAAUAGAGCAAAUCCAUUCUUGUUUAGUCUGUAAGUAACUUGCACAAAAUAAAG